GUAGUUUCUUCUACUUUCUCUCUCUCCUGGUUUCUAUUUUCUGCUCGUAACCCUUAAAAAACAAGUCCAAAUAAGCACAUGCUUAUUAUCUGGAUACCUGCGUUAAGUCACACCUGAAAACCAAAGGUGAGACGUCAUGCUCUGUAACAAAAGAAGCUGGUCAUAAUAAACACCUCGGCAUUAUGGCUCACUCACACCAGGAGCUGAGUGAAUGACCAGCUCUCCUCUUCUCAAACUUUAACUCUGUCUGUCUCACACCAAAGGUACGUGUCUUAUCACUCUUAUUUCUGUCCACUUCCCUCCGUGUUGUUGGUAUAAAGGUUUGGCGAUCACUCCGACAGUGAUAGACGAUGUUUUGAGGGGAGGACACUUGUUUCUGACCUGAAGGAUCUUGUCUUCUUGGGCAGGAAAAUGGUUGGGAAGUCCCUGAUUGCCGGUCUGGUGGUCCUUGUGGUGGCUGCAGUGAGUCUGUUCCUCGGGGUAUUCAUGGGCUUGGAGAAGAUUAACACGCCUCUGCCCUCGGACCACUACUACUCUAAGGCAGCUGUGGCUGCGGAUGCUGGGAAGUGUUCAGAAGUGGGGAGGUAAAAAGACUGAGAGUGGAGUAUUUGGAUUCUCAGAUGCAGGAAAGCCUCUUCAGCUUCUUCUGAGUGUCUUCUCAUUUUUUCAGGGACAUUUUGAAGAAAAACGGAUCAGCUGUGGACGCAUCCAUCGCUGCCUUGCUGUGUGUCGGCCUCCUGAACGCUCACAGCAUGGGUAUCGGUGGAGGCCUCUUCUUCGUCAUCUAUAACGCUUCCACAGGUGAGCGUGCAAUUUCUCAUAAUUCCGACAAAGUUAACCGAGUGAAAAUCAUGAAUGUGUCCUCAUUUUCCUCUCAUCAGGGAAGGUGGAAACCAUCGAUGCGAGGGAAACUGCGCCCAUGAACGCCACUGAAGACAUGUUUGGCAACAACACCAGGCUCUCUCGUACAGGUAGUGUCUGCAGGCGGUUGUGUUCUUGGAGUUUCUCCCAGACACAGAGAGGAAAAGGGAAAUAGAUUUUGCUUUCCUUUGCUCUGUAAAAAUGUGGUUCCAACUCUGACAGGACUCUUAUAUCGAGGGUGAUUUAGAGACAGCAAACUUUAAGACGAAAUACUGAACCUGCAUGUUUGUCACAGUGUCAGAUGUCUCGGUCUGCAGGAUGGGAAAAGCUUGUGAAAUGCCUCUGCUGUUUUUUACAUGACAGGUGGAUUAUCCAUCGCCAUUCCUGGGGAGAUCCGGGGUUAUGAGAUGGCGCACAAGAGGCAUGGCCGGCUGCCAUGGAGGGACCUGUUUGAACCCAGCAUCGCCUUGGCUCGUCACGGCUUCCCUAUUGGAAAAGCUUUGGCUCACGCCAUCUUCAAGAGCAGAGAUUCGAUUCAAAAGGACGCCAGGAUGUGGUGAGACAGGAAACACAGGCUGAACUCACUCUGUUUAAUUGUAAUAAUGACUGAGAAGGAUGAAUUCAUAUUUAGUUAAUCAACUUUCUUCAUUUCUUGCCAAUCGUUUGAUGAGAAAGUUGAAACUCUCACAUGAAGCAGCAGCCAGUUCCCAGAGCUCGGAGACCGGUCUGGCCUUGUCCAAAUUAAAAAAAAAUCCACCUACCAGUCGCCUACUGAAGCCUUCUUCAUUACUGCUGUCACACUCUGUGCACUAACAACUUAAUGAGUGUGCUUUGAAACUGCCAGUAGGUGUUUCUCUCUUCUUUAACCGUGAACAGUGCCAAGAUAAACGAAUCCAAGCGAACCAUCUCCUUUGAUGCAAACAAGAACUGAAUACUGAACUCCCAGACAGAACUUGCUCACUGGAAUGAAAAUUGUUCUCCCAGCUUACGGUACAAAGAAGUUUACUUGCAAUCAUGCGUGCAAAGCCGUGUGUCCUUCCCUGGAUUCAGACUUCUUUGGCUCAGAGAUGUAAGACAGGGAUGAAGUUAAAAAAUACUUUUAGUGGUUUAAAAUGUGUUUCAAAGUUAACAGCUGAUCCUGGAGCUGUUUGUUUUAAGUACAAAAAGUCGUCAGUUGGACAAAUUAGCAGGAAAGUUGUCGGACGUUUCCUUCUUCACGUGUCUAAGUUUUGGGUUUGAUGCUCAGACUUGUAUCAGAUAUUAUUAGCAGAGUUAAUUUGACUAAUAUUAACCCUGUUUGAAGAGUUAUACUAUUAAUGUGACACAGAUCAGUUAUGGUGUAGAGGCAAAGCUCUCGAUGUACCGGUCAAUCUACAUUCCUACCCACAUCUAUGGUCACGAGAUGUUGGUAGUGACCAAAAGAACAAGAUCGCGAGUACAAGCCGCUGCUCCUCUGCGUUUAGAGGAAUCGGAUGAGGUGGCUUGGGCAUCUAAUCAGGAUGCCUCCUGGACGCCAUUCUGGUGAGGCGUUCAGGGCACGUCCCACCAGUGGGAGAGUGCAUGGAAGACCAAGGACACGCUGGAGAGACUUUAUCCUGGGAACGCCUAGGGGUCCCCCGGGAAGAGCUGGAUUAAGUGGCCAGGGAGAGAGAAGUCUGGGCUUCUCUGCUCAGACUGCUGCCCUCACGACCCGACCCCGGAUAAGCAGUUUAAGAUGGAUGGACUAUUAAUGUGACGCUGAUAGUGGGAGUCUUUGCACAGUGGACUGUACAGUCAGUGAGCAAGAAACACUGACGGUUCUCUUUUGAAACAUGGAAACAGAAAUAUUUUAGAUAUUAGGAGAUUUAAAGAUCCAGCUGUGAAAGAGAACAUCAUGAACUUAUUUUGAUCUCAUGUGAUUAAUCAAGCUCUGCCAGGUAACACACAAGCAGUAUUUUUCUACUGGAGAUGGGUCUGAUCAGGUCGGUCUGUUCUGUGUUUUAGUAAGUUUAUCUUCUGGGAUCAUCUGAUUGGAUAAAAGCGAGCAGACUGGAUAUAAUCUUGAUUAGAUCAGAUCAGAUCAGGUCAACCAUCUUACAUUUCAAAACCUCCAGUUUGUGGAAUUUUGAACCCAGCAGUCUGGAUUAUCCUGAUCCCAGCAGAGAUUUACAAAGAUACUGAUUUGUCAGACAUGGUGAAACUUUCCUCUUGAAUUGCUGUAUCAGCGAUCUCUCCAGGUCAGAUGAAGUGACGCAAGAAAACAGACUCUGAGGGAAAGACUCAACCGGCAAUCCUUAAUGAACUAAUUCCAUCGGCCAUCUGCACAAUGAAAGGCCCGAAAAGAUGAUCGACCAAAUGCUGAGUAUUGGCAGAGGCUGAUAAUCGUCAGCCCAGAUAAUUCAGGGUUGUUCUGAUCCAAAUGAAACUGGGCCUGAGUUUAUAAUCAGACUUCAUGAUUAGCUGCGGCUCUCACGGUUCUUGUCUGAUUCUCUCUUUUCUCGUUUUCCAGUGAGGUGUUUUGUGAUUCUCAUAAAAACAUCCUGAAGGAAAACGACAUCGUUCGAUUCCCAAAGCUGGCCGACACUUAUCAAAGAAUAGCGGAGGAGGGUCCGGACGUGUUUUAUAACGGGUCGAUGGCUCGCAGCAUCGUGGAGGACAUCCAGGCAGCAGGUCACUACCCACAGUUUUCUUGUUUCUUCAGAGUUAGGAAACUAAAAAAAGAACAUUUAGGAAAAAAAAGCUGCAUAUUUUUCAAACUCCACUGAAUCCUGUUGAUAAAUUGAAGCGUUAUUCUUCAUUUUAAAUCGGUUCUGACACUUUCACGCUCCUUCCAGGUGGCAUUAUCACCUUGGAAGAUUUAUCAGAGUACCAGCCUGUGCUGAAUGAAAACCCUCUGAGGCUGAACGUCGGGGAAUACACCAUGUACGUCCCCAACGCCCCCUCCAGCGGGCCUGUGCUGGCGCUCAUACUCAACAUAGUGGAUGGUGAGUCGCCCGGCCAAGCUCCUGUGCAGCCAUGCAGAAGGAAAGAUGUCAGGUUUCCCCGGGUCGUCCCUGGAAUGUUUUCUGCCUGUUUUGGUGGCUGAAAGCAGAACUGAGACUCGGUCCUUCCUGCCAAAUUAAAUUCACCACCAGCUCCCCAUCUGUUCAGGCAGAGACGGUUUAGUCGGGCUUCAAAUAAAAGUGGCAUCAUUAAUUUCAGAUUAAAUGUGUUCAUAUAUGAAUCAGGAGGAGCCCGGUCUCACGGCUCUAUCUCUGGAAGGUGUCAUGUUGUUAUUUAAAUUGGGAGUUUAAUGACCUGCCACUGACUGACACGGGCUUUUAGCGCCGUGAUUGAGAGACUCAUUACUUUUAAGGACCAGAAAAUGUGUUUUUUCAUCCUUCAUUUCCUGCAGACAUGUUUGUCAUGUGAAUAUUUUUCAGGGUAUAAUUUCACAGACUCAAGUGUCUCAACAGCAGAGCAGAAGACUCUGACGUACCAUCGCAUCGUGGAGGCUUUUCGUUUUGCUUACGCCAAGCGGAGCAGACUGGGGGACCCGCGCUAUCUCAACAUAACGGAUGUGAGCGUUCUUGUUACAACUCCUUCUAGGGCUGCACGAUUCAUCUGUUUUAAAUCGUAAUCAGGUUUUUUGAUUAUGACGAUGUUAAAAAAUUAAAAUUCUCAAAUAGAUUUUCCUCUCUAGAAGGCGGAAGAAGGCCAAGAAGGCGAUAAUUUCGUGGUUAAAUAGGACGAGAGUGAGUCAGUCGUGUGGAAUUGGUACGUCUUCACAGUUUCAGAUGAAGAUCAAACCACUGCCCGCUGCAAAGUCUGUCUGAAGGCGGUAUCAACCCGUCACCACGGAAACAAAUUCAGGAGUAAAUGCAAAAGUUUUUUGUCGUAUGGGCGUUUCAGGUGACUGUCAACGGUACUUUUUAAAAACGGGUCAGAGAGUGUAUAAAUCUGUAAAUGACGACCAUUUCAUCUCAGUGUGGAUGUCUAUCUGCAUCUCUGGAAACGGUCAUGUGACACGCGUUUCCUUGGCAGUGUCAGCGCCACCUACUAGCUUGGCAUAAGCACUACAUAAUUUGUAGUGGUUUCGUUUUGAGAGAUGAUAGAAAAACUUUUUUAUUUUCAAAGUGAAAUUUGGUAAAGUUGUCACUGAAAAAAAUGCGAAAUCUAAGUUUUUCAGAAAAAGAAAUCGUGUUUUUAUUUUUGGCCAAAAUCGUGCAGCCCUAAAUCCUCCUAUAUCAUUAUGACUACUACCAUCUCCUUAAAGGAGGAGUUUGAGUGUAUAAAGCCAUCUGAGAAUUUCUAGAAGUUUCUGAUACUCCUUUCUAUAAAGGUCACUGAGUGCCCUGCUUCGUUUACCUUUCCUUAUCCGUCAGGAACUUCCUCUCUGUGAGUGACUUGUUUUGCUCUCCUCAGCUCAUCCACAACAUGACCUCAGAUUAUUUCGCUGACGGCAUCAGGAGCAAAAUAACAGAUGACACCACUCACCCAGACAGCUACUACGAGCCAGACUACUUUGUCCCGGACAAUCACGGGACGGCUCACCUGUCCGUCAUUGCUGAGGAUGGAAGUGCGGUGGCGGCCACCAGCACCAUCAAUCUGUAGUAAGACAUCUACCUGGCACCAGUUGUUCAAAAGGGUCGAUCUGAAGAGUGAAAAAGAGGGAUCCAGGAUUUUACUGCCCGUUAAAUUAUCAGACACAAGAAUAUUAAGAAGUAAAUCAAAAAGCAGCAGCAUGAAUCGGCUAAAUUGAUGUUUGGUUUCACGGUCAGUGCAUCCCCUUACCAAAAAGAAGUCUGUUGAAGUGUACUUCAAGGAUACUAUUUUUAAACUAAGUAUGCUUUCAGUUUACUUUGUGGACUUUUCAGAGAUAUACUAAACAAAGUAAAUGUUAAGUAUACUACUUGGCUUGUACUAAGAAUUAUACUAAAGGUCUAAAAUAUAUUUAACCUAUACUUGAGUUCAAGAUAUACUUAAGUAUGCAUUUGUGCUGUGGGUUCAAGUAUACUUGGUCAGUAAAUACUUCCAUAUAUCUUUUUAAGAGUAUACUUUUAUAUAGUAUACUCUUAAAACGAUAAGCAGUACAAGCCAAGUACACAAAUAUAUACCACUAUUCAAAUAAUAGCACACCAAAAAGUGUCUUUCAGAGUCAGUGUGUAGAUAGCCGAGUGGAUUAAGGUAAAAAAAUAAAGGUAUGCUUCAGUGAACUUAUAUAAACUAAAAAAGGGACUAGAAGUUUAUUUCUUUAAAGUACAUUGUUGUAAACUUAAAAUGAACUUAUAGUGUAUACUUAAAGUAUACUAUAAACUAAGAAUGUUCCAAUUUAGUCCAAAGAAGUAUUAAAUUAGUAUACUUUGUAGUACACUAUAAAUACAUGGUUGGCAGUAUACUUGAUAUUCUUAUACUCAAACAUACUUGAAUUUUAAGUAUACUACUUUUUGCUAAGGGUCUCUACUGUAACGCCUUUGAACAGCUGGCUCCUGGUGUCUCCUUCAAAAUAAAAGUCCACCUUAAAAUCAGCAGAAGACAUUUUCAUCUGUGACGUUUUAUUUCCUCAGUUUCGGUUCCAAAGUCAUGUCCCGGUCGACUGGGAUCAUUUUCAACGAUGAAAUGGACGACUUCAGCUCGCCGCACAUGACCAACGGGUUUGGGAUCCCUCCGUCACCGAACAACUUCAUCCAACCAGGUGUGUCUGAACUGAACUCUCUCUGCUGUAUUGAGUCAUGACUUCAGGAUCCAGGUCUGCGCUGAUGGAUGGUUGUAGUUUGAUGAGUCACGUCCCUUGUUUCCUCGCCCUUUCUUUGGCGAGGUUGAUGUUUUCAGCUGCUUUUCACUUCUUCCUGCAUUUGUCAUUGUCAGGAACACAAAUAGCAUCCCUCCUCCCUCCUUUUUUACGAAGGAAUAAUCUCACCCGCAGCCUCACACUGCUGCUCCUCAGUUUGUUUACAGUCAUUUAAAAUAAAUGUCAAAUGAAUGUGGCUGUUUUUAGCUGUUAAAUUACAGCCUGCGGUCCAUCAAACCACAGGUCCAAAAAGUAAACACUCCUCCAUUAAGCAGCCGUGGCCUCAUUCUGUUUAUCUGUUUCAGGCAAGAGGCCGCUGUCUUCCAUGUGUCCCACUAUCAUCUUCGACAAAGAAAACAGAGUGAAGAUGGUCGUGGGAGCCUCGGGGGGCACUAAAAUCACCACAGCUACUGCCUUAGUAAGUCUGAUUCAUUCUCGUACAUCUCCACUCUGCACACGCACUGUCAAACAUUUUCAAGUCUGUCCUUUUUCUCGGUCUGAGCAGGUCAUCCUGAACUCUUUAUUCUUCAACUAUGACCUAAAGAAAGCCGUGACCGAGCCAAGAUUUCACAACCAGCUCAACCCCAAUAUGACCGUGGUGGAGCAGGGCUUUGAAAAGGUGGGUGACGUGACACAGGACAGCAUCUGUAGAGGGUGAAAUGUACAUUGAGUCGUUGCCUUUUUAUCCCUGAGAUUGCAUCAUGCACUCUCUCAUGCACAUCACAUAAUAUUUUGACUAACAAAUCAAAAGUAAACAAGACAAAGAGUCUACCUGUGUGGUUUUCUGGAGCUAUAUUUAAACUGAUAUUCUAACAUGCUCAUGCAAAGCUGCCAUAAAGGUCACCAUGUUUACAUUCUUACUCUGGAGCUCGACCAAACUGAAAUCGGCUUUUGAGGACAUGAGAGCGAACGCAGCCGUUGGGGAUGUGUUUGGAGUUGCAGCUUCGACACGUGACUCGGUGAUGACACGAGGUGUAAGCUGGAGAGAUCAAUAGGUGAUGAGAGAAUUAUGUGCACCACAUUAAACAACGAUCUGCCCGAGUAUCACUGAAUAAGAGGAUAAAAUAGACACUUUGAAUUUAACUCAAGUCAUAUAAGUGUGAGAUUUUGUAAAGUGGUGUAUGCUUUAGUAGCUGCAUCAAGCCCUCAGGGUGAUUUUUAAAGCAGGUAUCUCGUUUUUAUUUAGGUAUAAAAGUGAGUUUUUGAUCAAGAAUACACACUAAUAUUAAUAUUAAUAAUAAUUAUAAUAUUAUUUUACACCAUCAAGACUUAACAGAAUGGGUUUAAUUAAUAAUGAUUUAUGUUGGAAGUGAGGGGCAGAAAGUGGCACAUUUAUUCAUGCAUUAUGGGAAUGUUCUAAAAGUCAUAGACUACAUGAGUAAAUCAUUAAAUUACGAACUUCCCAGAUUAUUAAGAUUAUGUCUCCUUAGAGACAGAGCUGUGGUGCCCCUGCUGAAUAAAUACAGUUUUAGAAUAUUAAAAACUGGUCUGAUAACGUGCACAGUGUUUUUCUGAGGUGUUGGAAGGAACCCCGAGCUCCCACACUGAGUCUGUGGAAAACACAGAUGAUGGGGACUGUAGCAUGUGAGAAGAUGUUGGGGAGAUUAAAAAAGAAAAAUGGGAUAGUUUUAGUAGACAGAUGUGUAAACUUUGAACUUACCUGCCUGUCUUAUUUUUAUUUUCUUUUGUGUAUUUAUUUCUUAUUAUUUUUGACCUCCAUUACAUCUGUUUUGUUUAAUGUUCGUUUGUCGCAAAAAUAAUUAACUUUGAAUUAUAUAUAUAAAAAAAAAAAAAAUACACACUAAUGCCAAUCAAAUCAUAUGACUAAUAUUGAUCGACAGGGUGUGGUGGCUUUUAACACAUCUAGAAAGGUUGAUAAUAUCCUUGCAGAGGACUGACUUGGUUAAUUUUGUAGGGAACAAAUGUGGGUACUUUGUGUAAAAGUUUGAAAACUCUAACUCAAAAGUUUAGGGAGUUACAGGACAUGAAGUAAAAAGUGUUAAAACCAUCCCUGGUCUCCCCUAAUCAGACAUGUUAGUUUUGCAAAACUAGAACAUGUUCGUUAAAGUGGUCUAUCAGUAAUCUUGUGUUUGUUGACGUCACCUUUGCAGAGCGUCCUGGAGGGUCUGAUGCAGAAGAACCACAUCACGCAGCUGCUUCGGAUUCCUGACUCCGUGGUCCAGGCGGUCGUGCGUCAGGGCGAGCAUCUGUGCGCAGAGUCCGACCCCAGGAAAGGAGGCUAUCCGGCGGGAUACUGAGCAGAAGUUCAGGUCCUGUCUGCUCCGUCAGCCUGGACACACUCUCUCCUCAAAGACACUCUGACAGAGACACAACACAAACCUGUCUGCACUGACAAAUCAAGCAGUGUUUAAGCUAUGGAGACACCACUCCAAAAUGACUGCACUCCAAAAACCUCUUUCACUCAGACGCUCACUGUUAUGGCAUUAAUUUUGAGUUGUGAAGUAAAGUGAGAGGAUGCUCCUAUUUUGACUCCUGUAUCGUCUCUACAGGAUACAGGUCAGGAAGGUGGCGUUCGGGGAAGCCUCAAUCACGUCUGUCUUGUAUAAUAAACCUUCAAACCAUGACAUUUUACCGAAUGUUUACAAUAUUGACUCCCAGUAGGUGUAGGUCGUCUGUGUUUAAUUUAAUCUCUCAAACCAUGUGGAAAAAUUCAGCCGUUUGGGGGUUUUUGUUUUCAUGUCAAGUUGGUGAAAAUCCAACAAAUCCAAAAGCAGCAAACUUGCAAGAAGGUAUACUGACCACAAACUUAGGAUACCUCAGGUACUGUCUGACUUCCAUGUCUGCCUAUAAUCCUUUUCCUGAUGUCAGUGAAUCCAAACACGGGAAUCAUUUAGAGGAAGCUGUUGUUUUUUUUAUCGUGAUUCCUUAUUGAAGUUAUUAAUUUUUGCAACUGUAAAUGUUUGAUAUCCAGUAGAGG